AUGCCUCCCAAAAAGACCGAAAAAGGCCCCAGCAAGAAGCUGGACGCCAAGAAGGCCGUCGAAGACAGAACCUUUGGCAUGAAGAACAAGAAGGGUGGUGCCGCUCAGAAGCAGAUCUCGCAACUUCAGUCACAGAUGAAGGCCGGAGGCAAUGCCGAGCAAAAGAAGAAAGAAGCUGAGAAGGCGCAGCGCGAGAAGGAGAAGAAGGCCGCGGAGGAUGCCAAGAGGGAAGCUGAGCUGCUGCUCAACAAGCCCGCCCAGAUCCAGAAGGUCCCCUUCGGAGUCGAUCCGAAAACUGUCCUCUGUAUCUUCCACAAAAAAGGCAACUGCGAGAAAGGGAGGAAGUGCAAGUUCUCGCACGAUCUCGAAUUGGACCGGAAGACGGAGAAGAAGAGUCUUUACCAAGAUACACGCGCGGAAGAGGAUGAGAAGAAGAAGGCCGAGACUUCGGCCGACUGGGACGAAGAAAAGCUGCGGUCGGUCGUCCUGUCCAAGAAGGGCAAUCAGCGGACAACUACCGACAAGGUCUGCAAGUACUUCGUACAGGCCAUCGAGGAUGGCAAAUACGGAUGGUUCUGGAUCUGUCCCAACGGUGGUGACAAGUGCAUGUACAAGCAUGCUCUUCCACCAGGCUUUAUACUCAAGACCAAGGAGCAGAGGGCGGCGGAGAAGGCUCUGAUGGACAAGUCGCCACUCAAGACUUUGACGCUCGAGGAGUUCCUUGAAUCGGAGAGGCACAAGCUAGUCGGCACGCUCACUCCUGUCACCCCAGAAUCAUUCGCCGAGUGGAAGAAGAAGCGAAUGGACAAGAAGGCCGCGGAGGAGCAAGCGCGGAAGGCCAAGGAAGCUACGGGCAGGACACUGUUUGAGAGCGGCAACUGGCGUGGAGCCGACGAUGACGAGAGCGAGGAUGACGAGGAUGACGACAUCUGGAAUCUACAAAAAAUGCGUGAGGAGACCGAGCGCUUGCGACAGAGAAAGGAGGACGAGCGGUUGGCAAAGGAAUACGGCAUCCCUUACCUCAACGGAGAGCCGGUAUCCGGCGAUGCCACUGCAGAAGAGGCUGCUCAGGCUGCUCAACCCCCAGGGGCCUCGGAGGCUCCAGCGGCCACGGAGGAAGAAGAAGCCACUGCUGCCACUUGA